AUGAGCGACGCGGUCAACUUCACCCAAUUCAGUAGCUCUGGAUGCAGUAUCACCGAGAAUCACUCCAUCGCCAAGUCCCUCGCAGAGACAAUCUCUCUCGCUGAGACGUUCGCCGAAAUCGCCAUCGAUCCUCGCAAAGCAAUCAUCGAUCAACCAGGCGUUUCUCGCCGCAUCUUCGCUGCUACACUGCUUCUAGUCGGAGCAGACAAUCGCAAGGCAAUUUCCGCUCGCUUCGAGAGCAUCUCUCGCAAACCUCCAGGCAUUUCAAUCACCUGCAUGGAGCGAACAGAUGCUGGCAUGACCUUGACUUUCGACAACAACACAUCCAUCUCGCGCGAAAUCCAUCCAACAUCCGCCGGUAGUUUCACUUCUUGGGAUAAAUUCUCCAUCUUGAAACAAUGGUACUUCGACGACAAGAAGCAGGCGUACGAAGAGAUGGUCAAGGAAGACCUACAGAGAGUCGAAGAUAUGCUGCGAGAGGCGGAAGAGAUGCAGGCCAAAUACGCUCUUGCGUUCAAAUGUACCACAGAUCUCUCAAAAGACGCCGGAAAGAGCUGCGUCUGA